AUGACAAAUUUAUCUGAAAUUCCCGUUGUAAACAUUUUUAAAAGUAUCAUUCUUGAUUCUUUGAUGAAAGAUGGGUUCAUACGCAAUGCACAAAGAUCAGAAAGCUUUUUUAGUAGAAAUAAAAAGUAUUUGUUAGCAGGUUCUGCAAUUGUUGCUGGUGCUGCUUUGGGUCCAUUCGCUAUUACUGGGAUAGUGGCGGCAUUAGGAUUUGGUGAAGCUGGUAUUGUUGCUGGAUCUAUUGCAGCAUGGAUGAUGUCAUUACAUGGUGGAGCUGUCGCUGCUGGUAGUCUUGUGGCGAUUUUACAAUCGGUUGGUGCAGCAGGUUUAGGCAUUGGGUCAAUUAUUGCUGCUAGUACUGGAGGUGGUAUGUUUGCUGGGUAUAUUGCUAAAGCAAUACUAAUGAUAUCAGAAUCGAAUCCUGAAGGAUUAAACGAAUUGGAAAAUUUUGUUUCCAUUAAUGAAAGUGAUGACGACGAUGAAAAAAAUCAUUUGCAUAAAAAAUUGAUUUUUGACAUGAAACAACCGCUUCUCGAUGAUAGUAAUGAGAAUGAAAAAUUAAAAUCAUUUCUUAGAGGGUUUGACUUGGCUCGACAAAUUUCCCAAGAUAGAAUCAGGAAUUUCAAAUUUUUAUGUCUUGAAGGGUCCAAUUUUUUGCAUAACCACUUGGUCGAUACUUACGGAAAUGACCAUGUUACUUCGGAACGGGGAGGUUAUUCCGUAAAUGUGAAUUUGAAUAAUCCUUGA